AUGCAAUCCAACAACCCAGCGGGUGCUCCUGGGCAGCCUCCCACAGGCAAUGGAGCUCGUGGUUUGCCUGGUUUGGCCCCAUCCCAAGCAGCCGCUGCUGCUCAAGCGCCUCUAAGCUCAUUGUUGGGCGGUGCAGUCGGGGGAAGGCCUCCGCAGCAGACAACUUUUGGUGCGGGAGUACAUUUUGGUGCAAGUGCUGCUGCACCCGGCCUUUUAUCUGGAGGGCCCAAACCCUUUGCCCGUCCUGGCGCAGGUGCCAUUGGCGGUGCGCAAGCUCACGGUUCGCCGUCCCUGGCUGGUCUCGCGGGAGGUGGGGCGCCCAAAGGGAGGCCUCUACCGAUGGCUGCGCAGCAACAAGUGCAAGCACCGCAGCCAGCACAGGGACUCGCACGGCUGCCCAAUGGACCUCGGGCUGGUUUACCCGUUGCUGCCCCUGGUGGUGGAGGCGGCCCACCAAUCCCUCCAGGUGGCGGGGGCGGUGGAAUGAGAGAGCUUCGUGUAGAGGAUGCUUUGCUCUAUUUGGACGACGUGAAGAGGGCAUUUGAUGACCGGCCUGAAGUCUACAAUGAGUUCCUAUCUAUCAUGAAGAACUUCAAGAGUCAAGAAGUUGACACUCCCGGAGUGAUUGCUAGGGUGUCGAGACUCUUUCAUGGAUACAACAAUCUCAUUCUAGGGUUUAACAAGUUCUUGCCAGAUGGAUACAAGAUCAGUGUUGAGGACCUCGAGAGAAUGAAUAGAGCCAACUCAGCCCAGAAGCAGGCAGAGUCUGCUGCGGCAGCUGCUGCUGCGGCAGAAGCGCAAGCGCGGCAGCAGGCACAAGCGCAACUGCAACAGCAGCAACAACAACUCCAGCAGCAGCAACAACAACAGAGACAAGGGCUCCAGCAUCCAUCGCCUCAAGCUCAGCCUAAGGCUCCACCAAUGCAGCUGCAGGCGCAAAGGCAACAACAGCAGCUGGUAGAGAGUAACCGCCCGCCGCUGUUGCAGCAGCAGACGUCAGGUCCGGUGGGUGCCCCAGCUCAAGCUGCACGACAGCCAGCAGCUCCAAGAUCAGCCACGGGUGGAGGAAGAGGCCGGGGUAGAGGAGGAAGAGGACGGCUUCCUACCCAUGGAAGUGCCGGUAGAGGCGCACAAGACAUGCAGAGGCAGCCCCAAGCUCAGGUUCCUCCUGGGGCUCAGGCCCGUGUAGGAGAACCCGCAGCAGGGCGGCCCCAAGAAGCACCCCCUCGUGCCCAGCAGCCAGGAGCGCAAGCCGCUGCCCAGGCGCAGCAGCCUCCACCAGUGGAAUUUGAUCAUGCCAUAUCCUAUGUCACAACAAUCAAGAGGAGGUUUGCCGAUGAUCCCAAGACAUACCAUUCGUUCCUGGAAAUCCUUCACACCUACCAAAAGGAACAACGUGGAAUCAAGCAAGUCUUGGAAGAAGUCGCUCGCUUGUUUGCGGACCACCCUGAUCUUCUCAAAGAGUUCACAUUUUUCCUCCCAGAUGCUGUUCAAGAGCAAGCAAAGGAAAGACUUCAUCGUGCUGCGGCAGAAUCUGAGGCCCGUCAGGCUGCAGAACAAGCUAAGCGAAUGGGACAAGCUGCUCAGCAAGAGAAGAUGAGAGGCCAACGAGCACCUGCGAAUGAUCCAAAGGUCAUCAUGGACCUGUCUGAGGGGCAGGCGCCGGACGAUGGCGAAGCUGCCAACAGAGGAACAAAACGCCCUUACGGCACGACGGUGAAGGGCGCUCCCAUUGCACCUCUUGCCGUCCCGCAGCCAGAAACUGCCGUGUACAAUUCUGCUGUUGAACGUCAGUUCUUUGAUUCAGCCCGUGAGGCUUUGACCUCGUUUUCCCGCGAUGGUGGGCAGGCAUGGGCCGAGUUCCUCAAGUGUUUGGACUUGUAUGCACAAGAGAUCCUCUCUCGUACGGAGAUGAUGCAUAUAGUCGAACCCUUGUUGGGAAAGCGAAAUGCAAAACUCUUCGAAGAGUUCAAGCGCAUUCUUGCUGCUGCCGGGUCUCAGACCGGGCAACCCCCGUCGUUGGAAGAUGCUUGGUACUCCGUCCCCCUCUCGGAAAUCGAUUUCUCUCGCUGCCGCCGAUGCAGCCCGUCCUACCGCGCCCUCCCACGUGAUUAUCCUGCUCCGCCAUGCAGUGACCGUAGCGAAGAGGAGAAGAAGGUCCUCAACGAUGUUUGGGUUUCACUACCCGUUGGCAGCGAAGAGAGUUACACCUUCCGUCAUAUGCGACGAAACACGUACGAAGAGAUCCUCUUCAGGUGCGAAGAUGAACGUUUCGAGAUCGACAUGGUGAUCGACAGCAAUGCGACCACGUUGAGGCGACUGGAACCCAUCGCAAAAGAGAUUGCCCAGUUGUCUCGUGAUGAGCCAAUGACACAGGACUUGUAUCCAGGGAACAAGCCGUCUGGACGUGGAGGACUUGGUGGCCGACGAUUUCGCUACAGCUUUGACAAGAACAUCUUGGGUGUCAUUCACCGCAACUCGAUCGAUCGUAUCUAUGGCGACGCCGGUCAGGAGAUGUUGGAGCUGAUGGUCAAGAAUCCAACCGUCGCCAUCCCAGUUGUGGUCAAGCGCCUUCGCCAGAAAAACAGCGAAUGGCUCGUGGUCAGAGAACGUCUGAAUCAUCAUUGGAAAGAUCUUGCCAAGAUCAACUACUACCGGAGUCUUGAUCACCGCAGUCUGACCUGGAGGACGACGGAUAAGCGAGGCACGAGCACACGAACUCUCGUUGCCGAAAUAAAAGACAGAGCUGCGAACGGCGGUAAAGAAGGCGACGCUGCUAUUCAAGCAAAACUUGAGAAAGCAAAGGAAGAGCACGGCACCUUCUACGAAGUCACCAUGGGUGAAUCCCUAUCGCGACAACUUGAUCUGACUAAUCUUCCCAAACCCGACAGGAGGAUUUUCACUCCUCACCUCAGUCUCAUGUUCGAGAACAACACAUGGGCACAGCGUGACGCCUACCGCAUCUUGUCGUUUGCGCUUGAACGAGGCUCCAUCUCGCCAUCCGACAAAGAGCGCUGCCAUCGUCUGUGGAUUGAUUUCCUUGGACCGUGGUUUGGCCUCAGUCUCAACUGGAUGCAAAAGCCGGCUAUGGGGAUCCAAGACGAAACUACAACUGCUACUGGCCCACCUGCAGUUGUGACAAAGAACUCCGGUAGCGAUGAUGUUCAGAUGGCCGAGGGAGGAAGAGGAGAAGAUGAUAGCAUGGAAGAAGAUACCGAAUCUCACCCGCCGCGCACUGUUGUCACUGAAGAGCCGCGCAAAGAAACUCCCGCCGCAGCCACGAAUGCCUCUACAUCCGCCAUUCUCGAUCAUCACCCUUUGCCUGCAGGUUCCCAUGUGUCCACCGUCUAUGGCGAGGGCAGAGUUUCAUGCUUCCGUCGCUCGGACAACACAUACGUUGUUGAUCUUCCAUUUGGAGCAAAGGCAUACCUCCAUCCAAGCGCUGUCCUGUGUUCGGUGAUGACCGUCGAGAAGUCCGACUAUACCACCCAGCUUCGUGCCGAGGACCGUACUAAGAUGGACCGUCCCACAGAUAUGCUCUCAAUUGGAACCCAGAGCCUCUAUCUGUUUUUCCGGCUCCAUCAGAUUCUCAUUCGCCGUCUCAACAUUGCAAAGAGAGUCGCUUACAGCAUUGCGGACGAUAUGACGCUUUGUACAUUGGUUGAGCAGAUGGAGGGAGACGACAAGGAAUCGCUUGGUCGUCGUCGUUACGAGGCGUUCUUGAGCCUUGUGUAUGCACUGUUAGACGGAGGAACCGGCAUGUCGUCUCAUGGAGGAAGUUCCGCUGCGGAAGGAACAAAAUACGAGGACCGUGUUCGUUGUUUGUUGGGACACGGAGGCUACGAGCUGGCUACAAUGGACAAACUCAUCUCCCAUUUGCUCAAGAACUUGCAGGCCAUGGGAAACGAUGAAACCAUGUGGAAUCUGGUUGAAUUGUUUCGUCGACAUGCUGACGAUGGCAUCAUCAAGCCAGAGUCCUUCCGCCAAGAAGCCGCCUAUCUUUCGGAAGGUGAGCCGGUCUUCGCGUUCCAGUACAGUCAUUUGUCGAAAGAAGACAAGGCUGUGUUGCACUUUGAGUACCUCGGUGUGAUUUCGGAAGAGGAAGUCAGCCAUGUGGAGGAAAGCCAGCCCGUGAAGCGUCAGAAGCGAUAG